CUUUUCAGCUGGCUCGGCUUUGGGGGAAUUGGGUGGAAAGACGAAACCCAUGAAGGACAACUGUGCCACGAAGGAAGGGCAUCUCUUCAAGUCCCAAGGUUCCAACAUCUGCUGUGCCAGCUCAGAAGAGCUCUCAGCGCCAGCAGAAGCAGCUGCCCAUCCAUCAUGACAGCUGUCAAUCGCAGCAGCUUCGACCCCAUCACGUUUGUGCUGACAGGCAUCCCAGGCAUGGAGGAAUCCCACAUCUGGAUCUCGGUCCCUUUCUGCCUGAUGUAUGCGGCUGCUCUUGUUGGCAACGCCUUCCUCCUGCUCCUCAUUGCGACAGACCGCAGCCUCCGCCAGCCCAUGUGCCUCUUCCUCGCCAUGCUUUCGGUGGCCGACCUCAUGCUCUCCACAUCCACUGUCCCUGAGAUGCUGGCCAUCUUCUGGUUCGGUUCCAGGCAGAUCUCUUUCGACGCCUGCAUCACCCAGAUGUUCUUCACCCACUUCAGCUUCAUCGCAGAGUCCAGCAUUCUGGUGGCCAUGGCGUUCGACCGUUACGUGGCCGUCUGCCUCCCACUGCGCUAUGUAACCAUCCUCACACCAUCAGUGAUUGGGAAGGUGGCUGUGGCAGCCAUCUUGAGAGGCCUGUGCAUCAUGUUCCCACCCAUCUUCCUCCUCAAAAGGCUGCCCUACUGCGGGCACAGCACCAUGCGUCACACCUAUUGCGAGCACAUGGGCAUCGCCCGGCUAGCAUGCGCAGACAUCACUGUCAACAUCUGGUACGGAUUCACCACGACCCUCUUGUCCUCCGGGGUGGAUGUGGUGCUCAUCGCCCUGUCAUAUGCCAUGAUCCUCAGGGUGGUCUUCCACAUGCCCACCAAGGAGGCUCGGCUGAAGGCCCUCCGCACCUGCGCCUCCCACCUCUGCGUCAUCCUCCUGUUCUACGUGCCAGCCUUCUUCUCCUUCCUCACCCACCGCUUUGGCCACAACAUCCCCAGCUGCAUCCACAUCCUGCUGGCCAACCUCUAUGUGGUCGUCCCCCCCAUGCUCAAUCCCAUUGUCUACGGGGUCAGAACAAAACAAAUCCGGGAACGGGUCGUCCAUGUCUUCUCACAGACGGGGAGAACAUGCUGCUGA